CUACCCUUGAGUCCUGCGUUUGUCAAAUAGUGCGCCCUACUGUCACCAUUGCGCAUGACUGGAAAAUGCAGAGAGAAGUGGGCCUACUGUUUUGAGAAGAAGUCUUUUGCAGCCCCGGAUCUAAAUAAUCAACGACGUUAAGGUAUUAGAAGAAUACCAUUCGACCUCAAGUUCCAAGGAAUUUGCUGUCCCAUGGUCUCUUGAGAAGACAGAUGUUGCGAAGUGGUAACAUUAAAGAAAUAAUGUAACGUUAAGCGUCUGCUCUUGAGGUCUGAUAUGCCUACGUUAAUUCAGUAAUGGAAAAGAAGCCGGAAUGUUUGGCAGUAAUCUAUUCUACCUGAAGUCAAGUAGGCUACUAGCCCUAACCUAAGGUGGAGUGGGACAUCUCAAGAAAACACACACGCUGCAGCUGCCUAGUGGAUAUUGUUGAAGAGGUUGUUGAUGUGUGUCCAUGUAGGCACUGCUGCAAAUGUCUUCCUCACGCCUCAAGAGUCUUCCUCCAUAAAGGCAGCCCUGAAGCAACUCAAGAUGACCGCAAGCAUUGACAGCAGGGAUGAUGUUUUUGAUGGGUUGAUGGAGGAAGAUGAAAAGGAUAAAGCAAAACGAGUUUCCAGAAACAAGUCCGAAAAGAAGCGCAGAGACCAGUUCAAUGUGCUCAUCAAGGAGCUGGGCGGCAUGCUGCCGGGAAACACGCGCAAGAUGGACAAGUCCACCAUCCUGCAGAAGAGCAUCGACUUCCUCCGCAAGCAUAAAGAAAUUGCAGCUCAGUCUGAGUCCAGUGAGAUUCGUCAGGACUGGAAGCCGCAGUUCCUCAGCAACGAGGAGUUUACACAACUCAUGCUAGAGGCUCUGGAUGGGUUUUUCUUAGCAAUAAUGACAGACGGAAAUAUCAUUUAUGUAUCUGAGAGUGUUACUUCCCUAUUGGAACACCUGCCUUCCGACCUGGUGGACCAGAACCUCCUGAACUUCCUGCCCGAGGGGGAACACUCCGAGGUGUACAAAGCCCUCUCUUCCCACCCCGAGGGGGACAGCCUGAGCCCAGAUUACCUCAAGACCAAGAAUCAGAUGGAGUUCUGCUGCCACAUGCUGAGGGGCAGCAUCGACCCCAAGGAGCAGCCGGUCUACGAAUACGUCAAGUUCAUCGGCAGCUUUAAAUCGCUGCAUACUGCUCCUCUGGUGACCAGGAACGGCUUGGAGGGCGUGCUGCAGCGGGCACUGCGACCGGCCUUUGAUGACCAAGUGUGUUUCAUAGCAACGGUGAAGUUGGUCAAGCCGCAGUUUAUCAAGGAGAUGUGCAUCGUGGAAGAGCCGAAUGAAGAAUUUACCUCCAGACACAGCCUGGAGUGGAAGUUCCUCUUCCUGGAUCACAGGGCCCCUCCUAUCAUAGGGUAUCUCCCGUUUGAGGUGUUGGGGACAUCAGGCUAUGAUUACUAUCAUGUGGAUGACCUGGAAGCCCUGGCCAAAUGUCACGAGCACUUGAUGCAGUAUGGGAAGGGGAAGUCCUGCUACUAUCGCUUCUUGACCAAAGGGCAGCAGUGGAUCUGGCUGCAGACGCAGUACUACAUUACCUAUCAUCAGUGGAACUCCAGGCCAGAGUUCAUUGUCUGCGUGCAUACAGUCGUCAGUUAUGCUGAGGUGAGGUCGGAGAGACGUCGAGGGAUGGGCAUCGAAGAAUCCCCACCUGAAAUUACUGACAAGAAUCAGGACUCUGGCUCCGAGUCACAGCUGAACACAUCCAGUCUGAAGGAGGCGCUAGAGCGGUUCAGCCACAGCCGCACGCCGUCCACUUCCUCCCGGAGCUCUCGCAAGUCUUCCCACACUGCCAUCUCCGACAACACCUGUGGCUCCACGCCUUCCAAGAUACAGCUGGACACCACCUCUCCGCACCCUGCUGCCCCAUCCACCAUUGAGAUGUCCUCCCAGCGCCGGUCUUCCAUCAGCAAUCAGUCCAUGUGCUCCCAGACCACAGCCCAGAGUGCAACACCACCUCUGGGGGCGCAGCAGCAGCAGCAGCAGCAGGCACCGCAGCAACAACAGCAACAGGCACAGCCCGCUGUGCAGUUCACGGCCCAGCUGAACGCCAUGCAGCACCUGAAGGACCAGCUGGAGCAGCGCACGCGUGCUAUCGAGGCCAACAUCCAGAAGCAGCAGGCAGAGCUGCGGCAGAUCCAGGAACAGCUGCACCGCGUGCAGGGCACGGGGACGCAGGUAUGCCAACCAGUGAUGUUCCUGCAGCAGUCGCCAUCGGGUGGUCUGAAUGUGCAGCUGGCCCCGGGCGGUGCCACCAUGCUGGGAGCAGCGGGUACUCAGACAGGCGUGCUGACCAUCCAGCCCGGCCAGCAGCAGAGCGUCAGUAGCUCCGAGCAGGCGGUCGCAGUCCAGCAGCAGCAGCAGCAGCAGCAGCAGCAGCAGCAGCAACAACAACAACAACAAACAACAACAAAGCCAACCACCCUGGCACACAACAGCUCCCAGGGGGGCACCACCAUCACCACCUUCACCCAGGACCGACAGAUCAGGUUUCCAGGGUCACUUCCUAAGCUAGUGGCCCCAUGCCAGCAGCAUGGUCACAUGGGGCAGGUAGUGACUGCCUACAGGCCCCCACUUCAGCAGAGCCAACCCCAGGCCAUCAGGCUUCAGCAGCAGCCCAGCCCAGCCAGGCCAGGCGUGGCAGCAGGCGAGCGCAGGCUGCAACAAAGGGCCAGCCCACCAGCAGGUCAGUUCCAGGUAAAACAGCAGCAGCAGGCGGCCAGCAGGCACAGGGGUAAACAACAAAGGCAGCAGCAGCAGGCGCAGAUUCCACAGGUAAACAACAAAUGGCAGCAGCAGCAGGCGCCAGUUCCUGCAGCAACCCAUGGCGUCGCGGUCUUGAUCAUGGUGCCCACCACCAUGUUCAUGGGGCAGGUAGUGACUGCCUACAGCCCCUUCCAGCAGAGCCAACCCCAGGCCAUCACGCUUCAGCAGCAGCCGCAGCCAGGCCAGACGCAGGUCGACUCGCAGACGCAGGCUGCCCAGGGCCAGGCCACGCAGUCAGGAGUCGCUCAGCAGCAGCAGCAGCAGGCGCAGUUCCUACAGGGGACCCGUCUGCUCCACGGUAACCAGUCUACUCAACUCAUCCUGCAGGCAGCUUUCCCCAUUCAGCAGCAGGGCACCUUCACUACUACCACCACCACGCAGCAGCAACCCCAGCAACAACGUCAACAACAACAACCACAGCAGCAGCAGCACCGUCAACAACAAUUGAAGCCUCAGACUCAAAAGCAACAGAAAACCCUGUCCAAUCACCGGACUGAUGGUGCAAACGGCCAAUAACGAUAAACCAAAGGGUGGGCUUUCAUCAUCUCAGGAGCCAGUCAAACUGACCUCCUGAGUUUGUUUUUGCCCUCUUCUGGUCCAGUGAUUGGAGUGUGUGUGUUUUUAUUGUUAAUCGUCCUGAGAAGCUCAGUAUUGUUACAGGACCACAGAUAUUUUCAUGAUUUCUAGCUUCCCACAAUUGAAUCAUGGGUAAGAGGAGAAAUCCUGGCAUUCAAAGGAACUCGCUGCUGUGCCCAUCACGAAAUCGAACACUGCACAGGACCCUACCCUCCAACUCCUCCCUACCCACCCCUGACAUUACCAUGGUAACAGUUUGGCUGGGUUCCUCCACUUCUUCCUUCAUCAGCUUUCAAUCAAAGGUGUCUGUUUUUUUUUUUUUUUAAAGAAAUAGUAAUAAUUAUUUAUUCAAAUGGGAAAAAAAAAAAACAUUUUGCUGGUUGUCAUCUUCACCAAAACCUCAGAAGAAGGCUGCUGUGUCUGGAUUCUUAUGUGCACCUAAGAGCUUUGACUGACCAGUGGACGUCAAACGGACUUGGACUCCCUGUACAGUCCCUAUGUAACAUAACCUGUAAAUAUCCCCACAUAAAGGAACAACAGAAGCGAGUAUUUUAUAAGAUGCAUGACCAGUGUAAACUUUUAUUCCUAGUUUUUGUUUUGAUUUUGAUUAUUAUUAUUUUUUUAAUGUUCUUGUAUUGUUCUAAACAGGGGGGAGGGGAUUGCCUUUUUUAUUUUAAUCUAGAGUUUCUUCAGACUGGUCCAUAGGGAUUCUUGAGAGUGUGUCACAGUUUGUUUAAUACAGAGAAUUUAGGAUUUAAUGGAACACUUGCGCAACUUCCAUAGACAUUAUUUUUCCUUAUAGGUAUGUUAAUGUAAUAGCAUACAGUUAACCCUCCUGCUAGAGGAACCUUAGGUUAAAAAUGCUUGAAUAUACCUGUCAAAAUGUCAUCUCUAUACAAUGAAGUGCCAACAGGUGAACUAGUAUGAACUUUCUGCUGUGUUUUUGAAGCUACCUGUUAAAUAGUUAGCGUUGGUGUUCAUGCCUGCCACCUCCCCCGGUGCCUCAGCCUGAUGUACCUUCCCCCAUGUUGCCUCUGCCCGUUGAGAGCCAGGCCACACACUUCUUUUGGGGCCUGUCCAGCUUAUCAGCUGGGAACUGUCAGUCACUGACCUUUUGCUCCUUAAACCCCAGUGCGUCUCCUGCCUGGUGGUGGAGAUACCUGAGACUGGGGAUCUGUUUGUCUGGCUGCUGACGCCCCAAGGGCCCUUUAGGCCCUUUUAAAUUGUAAAUUUAACUGGCUUCGCUCAAGUGUUUAUUGUUGCUAGGUUACAGUCGUUGUGAGAGAAGUGACAUUGACGAGCCCAGCGCUGUUCUGAAAGUUGAAUAGAUUUAAACUUUGAGCACUCUAAGCGCUGCAGAAAAAAAACUGCCGGCGUCGGCGAAAAAAACGUGAUUGUUGGACACAGGCCCUAAAACAUGCUUCCUCACGCUCUGCGCUGACAGAUUUUCUGAAAUACUCACCCCAGGAUAAUGUUUGUAUGUAAGCACUUAUAAUUGUCGGAGCACUUGGAUGUGUGUGUGUGUCUGUGUGUGUCUGUGUGUGUCUGUGUGUGUCUGUGUGUGUGUCUGUGAGUGUGUGUGAGCGUGAGUGCAAGCGAAAGAAAGUGAGAACGUUCUUCCAGCCCAGGUGUCUUACAUAACUUGCUAAUGAUAUUGACGCUCCGUGGUACGCAUGUUUCUCCGUGUCUCUCAGGUAUAGGAAUACACACAGUCUGUACUCAGCUCUGCCCUGGGCAAAGGAUUUGAUAGGAUUUGAGUGAGGGAAGAAGGAGGUGGGGCCAGAGCAGCCUCCGCUUCCCCCACUGCUGCACAGCUACAGUAAGCCAUAUCUAAUGCACGCCUUGGUGUCAGUUGGAUCUUACCCUAUGCUUUUUGAGGCGCGUGUGUGUGUGUGUGUACAGUGUGGUUUGAGUCUUUGUGUUUGUAUGCGUAUGGUGUACAGUGUGUAGUUUUCCAUUUGGGAGGAUGUCUGCACAUUACAGUUAAACUUAUUUGUGCAACACGAUUGUGUGUGUGCACACGUCAUUUGAAUGCAACGUUGUGAGAGCUUCAACAUAUAGAUACUGUGUGUGUGUGUGUGUGUGUGUGUGUUGGGAGGAUGUAAAUGAGCAUGAGUGUGGAUGGUUUGUGAUGUCAUUAUCACACAGGGGUUCACCAUGUGUUACUCCUGGCGAUAACCAAUCAGUUCUUGCUUUGCAGUAAACAAACCAUUCUAGAGACCUCUUCGGCUAGGUUAGAUGCUUACCUCUGUCUCAAACAUAAUCCUUAUUGUUGGAAACAUUUUUUAUAUAAUGGAAAUCAGAACCUACUUUAUUUUCUUACGGCUGAAGGAGUUUUAAUUGUGCAGGGAAUAGAUAGUGUGGGCAAAGAAGACCGUCGUCACUGUUGAGCUGAAGUGGUUUGUCAGAAGAGAGACAAAAAAGAGUGUAGUUAAACAAGCUGUGACACUCAGGCUUGAUUGAACGAUCUACUUCCACAUAUGACCUUCCUUCUUUUAAAACCAUCCCCUUGUUUACUUCUGUGUUGUUGAUGUUAUUGUUGGUGUUGCUACUAUUGUUGUUGGUUGGUGUUUUUAUUUUUAUGUUUGUUUUCAUGGACAAUGCAUUUAUUAUUCAGUGGUGUAUUCCUCAAACACAGAUGUCACUCAAGUGCAGCACCCCUCCAAAAUGUAUGCCAAGUAUAUGGAUGGACUGAGUCAUGUCUCUAAUGCUCAACAUGCCCCAUCAAAUCUCCAAAGUUCUGCAGAGUUUUCUUGUGGAACAGGUAAGAGGGAAGGUGUGAAUUGUGCAGAAAUCCCAUGGAAGGAGAGCUGGAGGUUUCUCACUGGCUUUUCAGCCUUAUUCAGAACAAUGAACAUGUUCAUUUUGUCAUCAUUGAUACUGUAUGUAAACAACAUGAGUGUUUUUGAGAUGUUCUAUGGUGCUACACUACAGUAUAAAGUGUGUCAUUGAAGUAUGCUUACAAAAAAAAUAAUUUCACAAUGGUGUCUCAAAUGAAAUAUCACAUAAUUUUGCAACAGUUUCGUAGACGAGUUUGCCAAUAACCUCUGCCCCUUAUUAAUAUUCAAUAUUAAAAUAAACAAUACAACAAACUAUAUGUAA